UAUUAGUCAUUUAAAUGUUUAUAGAUCACCUGAAUCAGGUAUAAACAUGACCUUAUCUACUUCCUGCUACGACCAUAUUUUUAGAAUCAGUGAAGCAAAUAACUUUAAAAGUUGAUACAGAAAACUGAAAGGACUUUUGCAUCCAUCAAGAGGUCAUGGCAUCAAAUAAACCUAUACCAUGUGGACCUUGUCAAGAAGGAAAAGUAAACACUAAAGCUGACAUCUGGUGUUACAACUGUGUUGAAGGAUUAUGCUCUACAUGUUCAGGUCAUCACAAAAGAUUCAAAGGAACACGUGAUCAUAAGACUAUUGAUAUUAAAAGUUAUAAACCCUCAAUCAGAACUAUCAAAACAGAAUGUGACAAACACGGUCGACAGCUUAACUUGUAUUGUCCCAGUCAUUUAAUGCCUUGCUGUGAUGAAUGUAUUUCCACUAGUCAUUCACAAUGUACAGGAAUAAACAGUCUAGUGAGUGUAGUAGACAACACCAAAAUUGAAAAAUCACAAAAAAAAAUAGAUAAUGAUAUUAACUCUACUUUACACAUCUUGAAAGAAAUAAUGAACAACAAAUCAGAAAACAUGAUACGAGGAGAACAACAAGUGAACAGCAUAAAGAAAACUAUUGCAAAAUAUAGAAAGAAAAUAAAUAAACAUUUAGAUGACCUGGAGAAGAAGUUAUGCCAAGAAACAGACACCAUCUUAAAUCAAGAAAAAUCAAAAGCAUCAGAUAUAAAAACUAAAAUUGAAGGAAAACAGAAAAAGUUAAAGAAAAUGAAAGACCACCUACAUACAGUCAUAUCACACACUUCAAAACUCCAAUCAUUUCUAGGUGUACAUCAGAUUGAACAAGAGGUACAUCAAUGUCAACAAUAUGUUGAUGAUCUGGAAAAUGAUGAGAGGACCAAAGAAUUUGACAUCAAAAUAACACAAAAUGAUGAGAUAGAAAGUAUACAAAGCAACUUAAUAUCAUUAGAACCCCUGGGAGAAAUAAUGGUUGUUAAAAAAAAUAUAGACUUGAAUAGAGAAACAAGUGUGAGGAGGAAAGCACAAGUUCGUCAAACACGAGAACAAUCCAUCAUAAACAACAUGACAAUGAAUAUAGAGACAAAGAUAAAGACCAAUGGGGGGGGGGGUGGUUAGUGACAUGAUUUUUCUGAUGGAUGGAAGAGUUAUAGUUGUGGAAUGGUGUGAUAAAGUUAACCUAUUUACUUCUGAUGGCAAACUACAGAAACAGUUACCUAUACCUGAUGGAGCCUACUGUAUAACACAGAUCAAUCAGAACACUAUAGGCAUAACUUAUCCUGAGGAGAAAGCCAUUAAGAUCUUCAAUAUGGAGAAUGAAAAAGUUACCAAAUUUAUCCCAUUAGACAAACAAUGCUUUGGUUUAUCAUUCUCCAAUAAAUCUCUUGCUGUAGGUUUGAUUGAUGAGGAUAUGUAUGCUGGAGGUAGUGAUGAUGAAAUCCGUAUUUUAGACUUGGAAGGAAAUACACUGAAUUCAGUACAAGUUGAGAGUGAAUCAUUCCUGUUUUACCUUGUUUACUGUAAUGACAGAGUAAUCUAUACUGACUAUAGUGGCAAAGCAGUAAACUGUUAUGAUGGAUCAGGUAAACAGAUCUGGCAAUAUACACAGGAUUUAACAGGACCAAGAGGACUUUGUAUAGAUACUUAUGGCAACAUUAUUGUAGCAGACUGUGAAUCUAAUAGAAUAGUAGUAAUAUCAAAAGAUGGACAGAAUAGUAAAGUACUGAUUGGUGGAGAAGAUGGACUGAAGGAGCCUCAGUGUAUUUGUUUUAAACAAAAUGAGUCAGCCGGUUUUAUAUGUGAUUACAAUAACACAUACUUGGCAAAAUUCAAUUUAUCUUCUGGAUAAAAUAUAUAAUACUAUAACAUUGUUAUGUAUUACAUAUACAUGUAUAUAUGACAAGUAGUUGCCUUAUGUCAAUUUUCAAUAUAUUCAUGAUAUUAUAAAACGAAAGUUCUGUUAUUGUGGUUGAAAGUAAUAUUCUUUUAAUCCAUUAUUUAAUUGUACCAAUUAUUCAUAAAAUUAUUCAAGUAACUGAAGAUAUCUAUAAAUCACCUUAAAUUAUAUAAAAGUCAGAAUAAAUGUGAAAAGAAAUCCUCAUUUUUGAUAAAUUAAAAUGUUUUUUUCCUUUAUAUAAUAUCAUA